GCGACCACGCCACCCAACCACCGUUAUUAAAUAUUGAAGAAGACUACAAGGCUGAUGGUAAAAUGAUGUGACACUAGUAUACAUAUGUACACUAGUUUGCCAGUAGCCUGACUAGGAUCAGAUGAAUAGCAUUAAUCAGAUAUUUGGUCUAUGGAUGUGCACUCAGCCUUAAGACCCAAAACAUCAACUGUGAUAUGACUUAUGGAGGUCGCCGUUAUUCUGUAUAUUUUCAAAAAAAUUACUAAUACGAACUUUUGGAAGACAGUAAUACUUUCUUGCCGUGGCAUGUUCGCCGCUUAAGGUAAACAAGUAGCCAAGAAGAUAACAUGGUCCUCACUAAACCAGACACGGGCUGGGCAUGGGUUGUCAUGGUGGCGUCAUUUUCUAUUUCCAUCAUCAACGGAUUCUUUUGUUACGGAUAUGGUAUGGUUCAGAUUGCAUUGUUGGAAAGAUUUGACGGUAGCAUCGCCAAGACGUCCUUGGUAGGAUCACUGUUCUCAACAUUUUCUGUGUUGUGGAGGCGUGUUAGAUGGGCUGCUGAUCCGACGCUACAGUUGUCGUCUAGUGGCCGUCGCCGGAGGACUAGUGAUGACUAUCGGGAUUUUCGUCAGUGCGUUCAUGACAUCACUGGAUUGGAUAAUAUUUACUUUUGGUGCCGUUGGAGGUGUUGGAUGUGGCAUACAAUACACUGCUAUCUUUGUUACAAUUGGUUACAAUUUUGAAAGAAAUGUCAAUAUAGCGUCAGGCUUCGCUCUUUCAGGAGUUGGUGUCGGAACAUUUACCCUUACUCCAGUAUUCGCUUACCUAAUGACAGUGUACCCGUUGGAGGGACUUUUUAUCUGCUUGGCGGGAUUGUCGUUACAAACUGUUAUUUUCAGUGUUAUGUUCUUCCCCUCUAGUCUAGAAAUGAAACAUAGACAAAAUUCGUCAAAUGGGCAUAACGCAAGACAAAACAAAAAUACAAGUGAAUAUUCUUUUUGUGUGGUUUUAUUGAAAUUGUUUAAAACAAUACACUUUGCUGUCCUGUUGAUUGGUAUCGGUGCUGGGAACUUUGGAAUAUUUAUUGUUUAUAUACACUUUGCUAAUUACGCGAAACACAUAGGAACGAACGAAAUUGAGAUUGCGUUCCUUUUGUCAGUAAUAGGGCUGGGUUCGUGUGUGUCUAGGAGUUUGGCUGGGUUAGCUUGUAAUUCAAAAGUCAUUGACGAACCCACACUAUUGUUUGGUACCUAUACCCUAUGUGGAAUAUUUACUACCCUGUUACCUAUUUACAGUCAUACAUUUACCGGACAGCUCGUUUUUGCAAUUGCUUUUGGACUAUACGCUGGAUGUCUGUAUGGAAUUAUGAAUGGAAUUACUUUACGAUAUCUGCCCUUAAGUUACCUCGGCACCGCAGUGGGAAUCGAACUCACUGUUGCAGGAUUUGCUAUAAUGACCGGACCUCCUGCUAUAGGCUUGAUUAUAGACGUAACUGAAAACUAUGACCUUGGGUUAAUUAUAGCAGGAUUAUGCAGUUUGAUAGGAGCCAUAUUGAUAUUAGUUGCGGAAUCGUGUUAUACUACGAACAAGAACAAUGACUUGAGUGAUUGUAACAAGGACUUUAUCAUUUCUCUGACUGAAGAUGUAUCGUCGAAAUUGGAGACAAAAGAGGAAGAUGGACAGCGUUUAAAAAAGGAUGAAAUACACUCAAAUAAGGAGUCAGCCAUGAUGCUUGUUGAAUAGGGGGAACCUGGAGUUGAUUGUGCAGUGUGGAAUCUGCCUGGUUUUAAUACCAGAAACAAAAUAAUGAACUUUUUUUUUAUAUUUGAAACAGAUAACUUACGCGCAAUUUUAGAUGAUCAGGUCCCGAUAUCAUUUCUGAACUUGAAAAAGAUGCUUUUCUAUGGAAAUGUUUAAGUUAAUAUCUCCAAUAAGAUUCAUCAGUUUGGAAAUACAUGUAUGUGAUGUUGAAAUGAAGGUUACUUCCUACACAGUCUA